GAAGAGCUGUGCUAAUGGUUCCAUAAAUGCGGCACUUUGGAUUAUCACUUCACAGUUUGAAUUCCCAUCUGGAGACCUUGGAAACUCUUGGAACAUUGCGCUCCAGCCGGUGGUGCAAGCAGUGGAGGAACAGGCUUUACUGCAAGAUUUUUUUUGGAGUGAUCCGAGGCGCGUUGCAAGUUCACAAUCCCGACAAUCGCGACUCUACUAUCUUGUUGCUGCAGGAGCAAGCAUUUCCGACACCAUGUCUACUUCUCGCGACGAUCGGUACAAGCACUCAGACGACAGCAAUUCAACCACCCUUGGCCAAGACGGGGGAACUGAUCCAAAGGAAGUGAGCACGGAACAAAAGACAAAAAUUAACAAAGAUGGAAGCAUGACGAUCACGACCACUUUCUACAGGAAAAAUGCCGGUCUGUGGGUGCAGUCUGGUGGCGUGAUUGAAAUUAAGGACAAAAACGGCAAAUUGAUAGAACGGACUAACUUUUGACGGUAACGGAAAUUCAGUGUCAACAUGUGACAGACGAUGAGAAACUACCGAUGGAAAAGUUUGUGAUCGCUCCAAUAGCGUUCACGUACAUCGGCGGUGGAGAAAAGAAGAUGAUCAUAAGCCAAAACCACGGCCUGCUUAUCAUCGUGUAGGAUGAUGGGUACACUGUGAUGGAAGUUUACGUAACUUCAUGUUUGAACUGUUUUGUGGUUUGGCAGCCUUGCUUUGCAGAUGUGAUAAUAUUGUUGUAAUUCAAUCCAUCAACAAUUACGUUGGUGCACCAUUUGGUCAGAUUGCUACGUCUAUAAUUUUUAGGGUUUAGAUAGGUGAUAAAUAAGGUAUGCAAUAAAUCACUGUUAUCUGUGCAAGUUUCGACUUGCAGAUAACACUUCCUCUUGUCUUCAAUUAUCAAGAAUCGUCCGCCAGUUGGAGCUCUG